AUGCGCGCGAGGCCAGGACUGCGGGCGCGGGGCAGCACAGCUCGCCCGGCUCCGGCGGGCAGCGCGGCGGCCCCAGCCUGCGACCCCCGGGAUCUUCCACCGGCCAAGCCGCCUGAGCAGCGGCACAGCUCCGCAUGUGUGCCCACUCGAACCCCAAGAUCGCGAGCCGCGCCUAGGGGCGGCCGUCGGUGCCUGAGGAGGACCCCGGCUUCCAGCUUCAUCCAGGACUACUCGAGCGCCGCGGGGGCCCUGCAGAGGCCCGCGCAGAAGGGACCAUGAAAGUGAGAUCAGCUGGCAGUGACAGGGAUGUACUGUGUGUCACUGAAGAGGAACUGGCUGGUGAAGAAGAGGACAUGCCAUCCUUCCCAUGCAGCCAACAGGGCCGGCCAGGACCCCGCUGCACCCGCUGCCAGAAGAACCUGUCUUUGCACACAUCAGUGCGGAUUCUGUACCUCUUCCUGGCUUUGCUCCUGGUGGCCGUGGCUGUGCUGGCCUCUCUGGUGUUUAGAAAGGUGGACUCUCUCUCAGAAGACAUCUCCUUGGCCCAGUCCAUCUAUAAUAAGAAGCUUGUGUCAAUGCAAGAAAACCUUCAAGGAUUGGACCCAAAAGCCCUGAGCAAUUGCUCUUUUUGCCGUGAGGCUGGGCAGCUGGGGCAAGAGAUCAGGAAGCUCCAGGAGGAGCUGGAGGGGCUUCAGAAGAUGCUGCUGGCCCAGGAGGUCCAGCUGGAUCAGACCUCCCAGGCCCAAGAGCUGCUCACCAACACAAGCAGUCAAAUCUCCCAGGAGAUGGGCAGUUGUUCCUUCUCCAUUCACCAGGUCAAUCAGUCGCUGGGAUUCUUCCUGGCCCAGGUGAGGGGCUGGCAGGCCACCACAGCAGGCAUGGACAUCACUGUGAAGGACCUCACCCAGGAGUGCUACGAUGUCAAGGCUGCCGUAAACCAGAUCAACUUCACAGUGGGCCAGACAGCUGAGUGGAUCCAUGGGAUCCAGAGGAAAACAGACGAGGAGACCCUGACCCUGCAGAAGAUAGUCACUGACUGGCAGAACUAUACCAGGCUCUUUGGAGGUCUGCGAAGCACCUCUGCCAAGACUGGAGAAAUGGUCAAGACCAUCCAGGCCACCCUGGGGGCCUCCUCGCAGCGCAUUAGCCAGAACUCCGAGAGCAUGCAUGACCUGGUGUUGCAGGUCAUGGGCCUGCAGCUACAGCUGGAUAAUAUCUCCUCCUUCUUGGAUGACCAUGAGGAGAACAUGCAUGACCUCCAAUACCACACCCGAUAUGCCCAGAACCGCACCGUGGAGAGGUUCGAGUCCCUGGAAGGACGCAUGACUUCUCACGAGAUUGAAAUCGGUACCAUCUUCACCAAUAUCAAUGCCACCGACAACCACGUGCACAGCAUGCUCAAGUACCUGGAUGACGUGCGGCUGUCCUGCACACUGGGCUUCCACACCCAUGCUGAGGAACUCUACUACCUGAAUAAGUCCGUCUCCCUCAUGCUGGGCACCACGGAUCUGCUCAGGGAGCGCUUCAGUCUGCUCAGUGCUCAGCUGGACUUCAAUGUCCGGAACCUCUCCAUGAUCAUGGAGGAGAUGAAGGCUGUGGACACACAGCAUGGAGAAAUCCUUCGCAAUGUCACCAUCAUUCGAGGUGCCCCCGGCCCUCCAGGACCAAGAGGACUGAAAGGAGAUGCAGGCAAUAAAGGACCUGUUGGUAACAGAGGACCUAAAGGGGAUCCUGGCAGUCUGGGGCCCCCAGGACCUCAGGGUCCUCAGGGGCAGCCUGGAGAGCAAGGACCUGUGGGAGAGAGAGGGCCAACUGGUCUCCGAGGCUUUCCAGGCCUCAAAGGCUCAAAGGGUAGCUUUGGCACUGGAGGGCCAAGGGGGCAGCCAGGCCCCAAAGGGGAUGUGGGACCCCCAGGGCCAGACGGGCCCCCAGGGUCUCCAGGACCUUCAGGGCCUCAGGGAAAGCCAGGGAUUUCAGGAAAGACAGGAUCACCCGGCCAGCGGGGGGCCACAGGGCCAAAGGGUGAACCAGGAAUCCAGGGUCCCCCUGGACUACCUGGGCCUCCAGGUCCACCAGGGAACCAGAGCCCCUACUGAAAAAGGUCUUUGGCCUAAUGCUGCCAUGCAGGUUGGAGAGGUGGGUCAGAGAAAGCAGCCAGAAGGAUCUACUAUCUACAGCCAAUCCUUGUUCUUUGAUCCUGACGUGAGGUAUCUCUUAGAGCUGACUGUGUAGCCUUAAGCUCCGCAAUAAUGACUGUACCAUAGGAAAACAGCUCAACCCCUCCCCCACUUUUCUCUGCUGACCAGGGGGGCCUACUGGGUUUUAGGGCUGGUUAGGAGGAAAAGGAAGAAGAUCCCACCCCAACUCCAUCCUGUGGCACUGUGCUGAGGAGGUGGCUACCUGGGGAAGAAUGUCUUAAAUCUCUUGGAUGGUAACUAGCUCUGGUCUCUGCAAUGGCUUAACACCCAUGGGAGCCAGGUCUUGGGAAAAAAAAAUUCAAGGAAACCUUCAGGGCAUUAUAGAUAACUCUCCAGCAAGUCUCUCCCCACAGUCAUGGGAACAGAGUCACAGGGAGCUGCCAUGCCCCACACAGGGUAGGAGAACUCUGUCUGGCUGGCAUCCUCAGGCCCCAUGCAUGUGUGUGGUGCCCCUGACAAGUUCAGAGGGUUUUUAUUCACACGACUAGAAAAUUCUUCUCUUCGGUCUUACCUCUGCAUCUCAAGAGCGGCCUGGAAUGAACCCAAGAGGAGUUUCAUCAGCAGGCAGAGAGCCUACAGGUCCCAGAACAUUCCACUUCUCUGCUAUCCAUCUCCCAGGAAGGCCGCAGGGCUGGAGGUGAAAGGACAAGGCAGGGAUGAAUCUUCUCUCUGCAAAGCUACUGCUUGUUCAACCUCAGCUGCCAGCCCUGUUCCCAGGGGGUUCUCUGUAGUGGCCAAGGAGAAGGAAGUUGAUAACAGGGAGGCUCUUGCCUCCUCCUCGUGGCUGACCUAUCACAGAUGCACACUGACUUCACCCCACUAUGACCUAAGAUGGCUCCAGUUCUUCUCCACAUGGGCAGCAAGCUGGACCAGGUGUGGGGAGAGCCUGAACGUUACUUCGACGUUACUUCUCAUCUUUCAUGAACUUCUUGCAUGAACUGGCAGAAAGUGAUGCUGGGAAAGGCCUGCAUUGUCUUGACUCACUUUCCGCAAAGCAGCCCUGCUCCUUCAUACUCCAGAAGAUGCCAACACUCCAGGGUAGAGGUUAGAGCUGCCUCUUCCCUUGCCCUGCCUUAGAGACCUGUCUUCUUCCUGCUCAAAGCCUCUGUGUCACCUUCCUCAACAUCAAUGUGCAACUGGCUUGCACGACCACCCUACCCCUGCUAUAUAAUUGUCUUGUCUACAUAUAUAAUACCAUGCAACACUGUAUCAUGACCCAGUAAAGAGCUGUUUCCAGGA